CCACGCACGUGGCUUCGCAGCUCUCGGUCAGGCAGGGUGACCGAAGCGCAGCUACCACGCUUCCCAUUCCUCUGGUCUCAGGGGGACCUGCAGUUCUGCCUUCUCACACAGCGCACAUCUACCCUCUGCACUCGUGUGAAGGUUAUUUCAGGCUGCUGUUUAACUGGAGAUUCACUGUCUCAAUGGAAGUGGUACCAGCCUGGGUCCCAGCAGUGGGUUUCACACUCCUGCCCCAUGCAGGAGGAUUUUUAGGAAGCAAGGUAACCAAAAAGGAAAUCCCAGUGUGGUAUGAAUUUCUACAGAAGCCAUCCUGGUGUCCACCUAACUGGGUGUUUGCUCCUGUUUGGGGAACUCUCUAUACAUCUAUGGGAUUCAGCUCCUACCUGGUAUGGAAGGAAUUGGGGGGCUUCAGUGAAAAGUCGGUGGUUCCUCUGGGUCUGUAUGCAGGGCAGCUGGCAUUAAACUGGGCAUGGACUCCAAUAUUUUUUGGAGCUCACAAAAUGGGAUGGGGGUUGGUGACUCUUCUGCUCACAACUGGUAUGGCAACAGCUACAACUGCUUCCUGGUAUAACAUCAACAAAACAGCAGCUUAUUUGAUGGUUCCUUAUUUAGCUUGGCUAACCAUGGCUUCUGCACUUAAUUACCGUAUCUGGAAGGACAAUCGCAACAAGAAACAAUCUGAAUAAAGUUUUCAGCCAAAAAGAUAUUUUUUUUUCCCCACAAGAAUUUUCUAAAAAAAGUUAUGGCCUUAUUUUAUUUUUAGCUGAACUACUUAUACCUUUAGUUGCUAAUUACAAGUUGAUAAAGCAGUACUUCUUUAAAACAAAUAUGCCUUUACUAGGCAAGUCACAAAGGGGUGUAUGCCUGACUGGGUUUUAUAGCAAACUGAAAGAUAGUGCUGAUUGAAAAGUACUAGUUUUCUAUAUUACAGCAUUAUAUUUUAUACGACAACAACAAUUUAACUCUUGCCAAAAAUAAGCAUGAACUCCAACUUCAUUAUGUUCAGAGAAAGAAAUCCAGCCAUGUAUUAACACAGCUCCCAGAACGCUGCUCCUAACAGUGACAGGCAUGAUUGUGGCCUGAAUCUUUCAUGUUUACCACUAGACACAGGGCUUUAGUACUACGAUGUGUCCCACUACAGCUGCCAGAUACUUAUCUUCUGGUCAUUGUACUCCGGAAAUGUUUAAGACGAGAUCUUUUUCACAAUUUGUGCCUUGCCACUUUGAAGAACUGUACAAUCUAGUGUCAGCUAAAUGCAUUAAACUACAUGUAAACUUA